AUGGUGGACAUGGAGAAGAAGGCUAAUGAGCUCACUUUUGAUGUUACAAAUGUCAUUCUUCAUGGAGAACUUGAGAAAGACAAGGAAGUCUACAUGGAGGUCCCCCAGGUUUUUGUGAAGAAUUUGGAAAAGGACAGAUUUUGUCAGACAAUGUUCAAACAUGGCUUCAAACAGAGCCAUUCAGAUCACACACUAUUCCUAAAGAAGAGGAACGGCAAAAUGACAUGUCUGAUCAUCUAUGUUGACGACAUGAUCAUAACAGGAGAUGAUGCCGAAGAGAUCCAAAAUCUAAAGGAGAAUCUUUUCAGGGAGUUUGAAAUGAAGGACUUGGGAGCUUUAAAGUACUUCCUAGGAAUUGAAGUGUUGAGAUCCAAUCACAGAAUAUUCCUAAGGCAGAAGAAGUAUGUACUUGACAUGUUAGCUGAAACGUGCCUUCUGGACUGCAAGCCUGCUGAAACUCCAAUGGUACCCAACCAUGGAUUGAAGAUUGUGGAUGGAGCUAAGCCUACAGACCGUGAAAGAUAUCAACGGUUAGUAGGUAAACUUAUUUAUCUUUCUCAUACUAGGCCCGACAUCACAUAUGCAGUUGGAUUUGUCAGUCAAUUCAUGCAUCAGCCUCAGGAAGACCAUAUGGAUGUUGUCAUGAGAAUUGUGAGAUAUUUAAAGGGAACAAUCAGUUAUGGGAUAUUCUUAGAAAAGAAGAAAGCUUUAGAAAUUGAUGGAUACACCGAUGCAGAUUGGAAAUCGGCUUUCCUCCACGGAAAAGUCAAUUUUUCUGUGACAAUAAAGCAACAAUCAGCAUUUCAGAGGAUCCAGUACAGCAUGACAGAACGAAACAUGUCGAAGUUGAUCGUCACUUCAUCAAAGAAAAACUUGAAAGCGGCAUCAUCGAAUUUCCAUUUGUCCGAUCUGAGAAACAACUUACAGACAUACUAA